AUGGGCACCUUCAUCCACGCCACCGAGGGUGAGAUGGUCUGCGAGUCCGUCAACGCAAAGAUACCCUUUUUCAACGCCCCAAUAUACCUCGAGAACAAGACUACCAUAGGAAAAGUGGAUGAGAUCCUGGGACCCAUCAACCAAGUCUACUUCACAAUCAAGCCGCAAGAAGGCAUUCAAGCUACGUCGUUCAAGAAGGGUGACAAAUUUUACAUUGGAGGGGACAAGUUGCUACCACUAGAGAAGUUCUUGCCCAAACCCAAACCGCCACCAGGUGCAGCAAAGGUCAGGAAGCCGGCGGGUGCACAAGGAGGAAUGAGAGGAAGAGGAGCGUUUAGAGGCCGGGGUGCACCUGGACGGGGAGCACCCAGAGGCAGAGGCUCGUUCGGUGGAGGUGGUCGAGGAGGUCCCAGAGGCGGGGGUCGUGGAGGAGCACCAGGAGGACGUGGCUUUUCGAGAGGAGGUGGCUUCUCUUCCAGAGGCCGUGGCAGGUUCUAA